UUGGGAUUACAGGCGUGAGCCACUGCGUCUGGCCUAGGGCAAGCUUUAUUCUUUGGAGUAAUCAUUGCCACGUGUCCAUGCAGAAGCCAAGCUCUGGUGGCUAAUACAGGCGACCUCAGGACUGUUAGAGCUACUUCAUUGCUUUAUACAAUGUUUCUAUAGUUAAUAUUAAAAGCGUCAGCCAGAUAAUCUCUCUGCCUCCAUCUUUAGGUGAAACUUGUCCAUUUGCUUCUAAGUCUAUUUUUAAAAAAAAUUUAUAAAUUUACAACUCCUUCUUUGCUUAGAAUCAAAGAUGAUGAAGAAGAGACAGUUUUUCGAGAAGUGGUCAGUUUUUCCUCGGACCCCCUGCCAGGUGAGGAGACGGAGGCUCUGAAUACUGACUCCACCUUCACGCCUGGGGCUUCGGGGCAGUUAGAUAUUAUGACAAGGACACCACUAAACCCAUCAGCUUUUACUUGUCUUCGCUGGAGGAGCUCUUGGCAUGGACGCCCCACAUGGAGGAUGGCUUUAACGUGGCCCUGGAGCCCCUGGCGUGUCGCCAGCCCCCUCUGAGCAGCCAGAGGCCCCGGACUUUGUUGUGCCAUGACAUGAUGGGCGGGUACCUGGAUGACAGGUUCAUUCAGGGCUCGGCGGCACAGACUCCCUAUGCCUUCUACCACUGGCAGCACGUCGAUGUCUUUGUGUACUUCAGCCACCACGCAGUCACCAUCCCCCCGGCGGGCUGGACCAACGCUGCCCACAGGCAGGGGGUCUGUGUGCUGGGGACGUUCAUCACGGAGUGGAAUGAAGGGGCGAGGCUCUGUGAAGCCUUUCUGGCCGGGAACGAGCGCUCAUACCAGGCAGUGGCCAACCAGCUGGUCCAGAUCGCUCAGUUUUUUCGUUUCGAUGGCUGGCUGAUCAACAUCGAGAACCCACUGAGUCUGGCCACCGUGGGGAACAUGCCUCCUUUCCUGCGGUACCUGACCACGCAGCUGCACCAGCAGGUCCCGGGGGGCCUGGUGCUGUGGUAUGACAGUGUGGUGCAGAGCGGGCAGCUCAAAUGGCAGAAUGAACUCAACCAGCACAACAGGGUCUUCUUUGAUUCCUGUGACGGCUUCUUCACCAACUAUAACUGGCAGGAGGAGCACCUGGAGCGGAUGCUGGGGCAGGCAGGGGAGCGCCGGGCCGACGUGUAUGUGGGCGUGGACGUGUUUGCUCGGGGGAACGUGGUCGGAGGCCGAUUUGAUACAGACAAGUCGUUGGAGCUGAUCCGGAAGCAUGGCUUCUCUGUGGCUCUGUUUGCUCCUGGCUGGGUGUACGAGUGUCUGGAGAAGGAGCAUUUCUUCCAGAACCAGGACAAGUUCUGGGGCCGGCUGGAGCGUUAUCUGCCCACACAUAGCAUCUGCUCUUUGCCUUUCGUCACAUCCUUCUGCCUGGGCAUGGGUGCACGGAGGGUCUGCUACGGCCAGGAGGAGACGGUGGGGCCCUGGUACCACCUGAGCGCUCAGGAGAUGCAGCCUUUGUUUGGAGAACACAGGCUGGGAGGGGAUGGCCGGGGCUGGGUGAGGACGCACUGCUGCCUGGAGGACGCCUGGCACGGGGGCAGCUCCCUGCUCAUCCGGGGUGUGAUCCCGUCGGAGGCUGGAAAUGUGGCUGUGAGGUUAUUUUCCCUGCAGGUCCCCGUGCCCCCCAAAAUUUUCCUGUCCAUGGUAUACAAGCUUGAAGGGCCUACGGAUGUCACGGUUGCUUUGGAGCUGACCACGGGGGAUGCUGGCAGCUGUCACAUCAGUGGCAUCUCAGUGUUGAAUGCAGAAACAAGCUCAAGGCACAGCCUCCGACCCCUCCGGGUACCUCCCACCAAGCUGGCCAGAUGGGUGGGCCGCUGCGGCCGGCAGCUGAGCGGGGGCUGGGUCCAGCACUGCUACGAGGUGAGCCUCCGUGAGUGCCUCUUGCGGGACCUCUUCGUUUGCUUCACACGGCCACCGGGUAGCCGGGAGGAGGAGAGCUUCACCUGUCGCCUUGGAGAGAUCCAGGUGGUGGAUGCUGCCAGCCUGCUGGCCCCACUGCCUCAGGUGCAGGCCGUCACUGUCUCUCACGUCCGCUGGCAGCCGGCCGCCUCGGAGUGGGAGGGACCCCCGGCUCUGCUCCAGCUCAGCUGCACCCUGCACUGGUCCUUCCUCCUGCCACAAGUCCGCUGCUUCCGGAUCCACUGCUGCAGAGGGACAGGCGAUGGCUCUCCGCCGCCGACGCCAGAGAGGCCCACGUUCCUGGGGUUGGCUUUUGCCACCCAGUACCGGGUAGUGGACCUGCUGGUGGAUGCCGCCGGGCCCGGCCAGGAUUGUCGCAUUGGGUUUCUGGUGGAGCCUGUCCCCAAGGAAGGGUUCCGGGUGCCUCAGGCCGAGUGGGGCCGGGCGGCUCUGCUCUACUCGGCCCCCGAGUGAGUGGAUGCUAAAGCCUGGUGGUCUGGCCUCGGGCUGAGGCCUCUUCCCGGCCAUCUGGCCCCAGCCUGCGCUGGGACUGCUAAGUGCCGGCAGUGGCAGUGAGACCCAGGUCCCGGGGCUGGGGCGGAAGACCCCGGGCUGAGUGCUGUGGCUUUUUGGCAGGGGCGGGGGGGGGCGUUGUUGACAGGACACCAAGCGGUGGGAUUGCAGCGUUGGUCAUUGCGAGGUGAGUGGCGGGCCCUGUUUCUGCCUAGCCCCCUCCCCACGGUACAUGGUUCCCAUGUGAACAUGAAAAGGGGGAGGAUGUUUAGGACAGAAAAUUCCAUAAAGGGUGCUUCCUAAUAGGCUACAAGAUGCUGAGGCUGAGAAUGAUUUUUUUUUCCUGCAGAUGAAACUAUGAGAAAGGUUUAUGCUUAGAUUGUGCAGGCAGGCUUUGGGGUGGGCCCCAAGAUGUUCCUGAGGAUGAGGACGAGCUACAGGGGGUCCCAGGGUGGGGCUGCCAGCAGGUGUCGGGAGAGGACGCCCUGGAGACCCCGCCUCCUGGUGGGAAAGGCCCGUUUCCCCUGAGGAGUGGGCACUGCGGGCCAGCCCCGCUGCUGUGUGUUCCCUGGCGUUGGCAAUUUACUGUGCUGCUGAGCGUGAGGUCAUCUCUGCAGCGUUCUCACCAGCCCCUGGCCCUGCUGUGUCCCUUCUGGGCUGUGGGGGUGCUGGGAAGUGGCCCUGAGGCAGUCUGCACUGCGGCCCUGCCUCUGCCCAGCGAGACGCCGUGGGCUCUGGACAAGCUGCCCUUAGGCUCAGGUCGCAGGUCAGGCCAGGCCGGGAGUAGCGUCUGCUCCCCACGCCAGCCCAGCCUCCUCCUGCACGAAGGAGCUGCAGGAGACAUGGGAUCUUUUCCACCUAUUCUGUUCCGUCACCUCCUCCCUUCUCAGCCUCACCCAAGCACCAGGGAGACCUCCGGGCUUACCCUUGAGCAGAGGCAGCACGGGUGCGUGGGGUGUGAGGGAGGCCGGGUCCUCGCCGUGGGCGGGGUCCUCACCGCAGGCUGCCUUCUGUCCUUCUGGCUCUUCUCUAGCUGCCUCCCCUCUGCCCAGGCCUCUGCUAGGCUGCCCAGGAGGCUUCCUGGUAUGGUCUCUAGGCCCCACGGCCUUGGGUCAUCCUGUGGCUGGUCUGGGUGGCGUCUGUUGUGGUUCUUCCAUGGAGUCAGUGGCCUGAAGUCCCUCGCUUUUGGGGGAGGUCUCACCCCCAGGCCACAUAGGGCUGGCGGUGGGGGUCCCCUUGAUGUUGGGCAGUGCUGAGGGCUGGGAUGCCCUGUGACCCCAGCCAGAGCCCACACCUAAGGGCUGGCAUCCCCAUCAUUUCGCCCUGCAGUGAGGACAGAGGCCACCAGGUGGCAGCCCAGUCACACCUGCUCCCGCAUGCGGAGGAGGAGGGCAAGGCUGGUGCCCAGCAGCCGCUCUGAGCUGGGGCUCCUUCCAGUGGCUGAAAUCCACCUCUUUCUCCAUCCUCCCUGCCUGCCUGGGUACUCGUGCCAAGCACAAGGCCCUAGGAUUAAAGGUCUGGGCUUUUGUCUAA